CCGUCCCCGCGAGCCAAUGGGAGAAAGGAGGGCGCGGCGGUCGCCGGAAGUGGGGGUCGGCGGGAGGCUGCGCUCGCCUCUGCUGCCGGGCCGGUCAGGGGAGUCGCCGCCGCCAGGUGAGCGCUGGGUCCGAGGGGCCAGGUACUUUCAUGCGCCACAAUGGGUGAACCUCAGCAAGUGAGUGCUCUCCCUCCACCUCCAAUGCAGUAUAUAAAGGAAUAUACAGAUGAAAAUAUUCGGAAAGGUCUAGCCCCUAAGCCUCCACCACCUGUGAAAGACAGCUACAUGAUGUUUGGUAACCAAUUCCAGUGUGAUGAUCUCAUUAUUCGACCUUUGGAAAGCCAAGGCAUUGAACGAUUGCAUCCCAUGCAGUUUGACCACAAGAAGGAACUAAGGAAACUCAAUAUGUCUAUCCUGAUAAACUUUUUGGACCUCUUGGAUAUCUUGAUAAGGAGCCCAGGCAGCAUAAAACGGGAGGAGAAACUGGAAGACUUAAAACUGCUUUUUGUCCAUGUCCAUCAUCUUAUAAAUGAAUAUCGACCCCACCAAGCCAGGGAGACACUAAGGGUCAUGAUGGAGGUGCAGAAACGUCAGCGUUUGGAGACUGCUGAGAGGUUUCAGAAGCAUUUAGAGCGAGUUGUAGAAAUGAUCCAGAACUGCCUGGCCUCCUUACCUGAUGAUUUGCCUCAUUCAGAGGGAGGGAUGAGGUUAAAAACUGAGCCCAUGGAUACUGAUGACCGCAACAAUUGUAUUGGACAGAAUGAACAGCAGAGAGAGCGCGCUGGCUGCAAGAAAGAUCAGGUUUUAGACAAAGAUGCUGCUAUGUGUAGCAUUAUUGAUGAAAUGACAUGAAAAGACACUUUUGUAAUUGUAUAAAGUUUUGGGGGGCAAGAAGUGGACUUGAUGCUAGAGGUCAUAUGGCGUGGGGUUUUUUGUUGGAUUUUUUUUUUUCCUUCUGCUUUUGGUAUCUAUGUAAAUAAACAAUCACGGAAUUUAGUGUAUAUAAAAUAACCCAGAAGUCUUAUUUUUGUAAUCCUAGGUAAGGAUUUUGCAGGUGACCAAACAGAAGCAUUGCUUAAUAUUUUGUAGAUGCAAUUUGUGUGGCGUGCUGUUCAGAACAGAAAAGAAUAAGUCUUAUAAUAUUUUGUUGAAAUAAGUGCAUCAUGUCAGUUGAACUAAGCUUUAUUCCAUGGCUUUAUUAUAUUUUCAUCAAUCGUUUGCUGGUUUUAUAGAUGCACUUAUUUUGUGAAUUUCCAUAAAAUGUGGGAUUGAGAAAAGAUCAGCCUCUGUAGGAAAUCGGGAGUUGACAAUUUCAAAUAAGUUAAGGGUACCUUGUAAAAAUGUUAUGGUAAGUAACUAUAAAAGUAUAUUCUGGUAUAAAAGAUGGGUUUAUUAUUAUUGCUGACAAUGUUGGUAGGUCAAAAUUUCAUUCUCUCCUUUUUAGUUUUGUAAAUUCAAUGUAAUUGUCUAAAAGAAUGCUCACUUUCAUUAGUGGCUUAAAAAUUCAGUGUUGGUAGCCUAACAUUCAUAAGUAACUCUACAAUAAACUCUGUGCAUGAGACAGUCUCGGUAACAAAAUAGAUUUAAAUUUUCCAAGGACUAAUAAGCAGUAAUUCUUUUAAAACAGGAGAUACCUAGAUACUCACUCCUUUAAACGUAACAGGGAAUAUUCUUUAAAUGCUAACUCUGAAUUAAAUGUACACGUUCACUGAAAAUAGCUGACGUGAGAGCACGCGCCACUUCCCUCUUAGCCAGGAUCAAGUCACAGAAUCAAGCCCUGUGUAAAGACAGGAGGAUUUAACCAAUAAUUUUUAGUAUUUAUUAUUUUCAUCUUGUGAACACUAACAAAUUAAUCCCAGCAAAAAAUCCAUUUUGUACAAAGACUUUACAGUCUGUUUUGAAUAAAACUUAAUCUAAUUCAUUUCAGUGACUGAGAGGUGAGUCAGGCCCUGGUACAGUACAAUUGUUAAACAAAAACAA